CCCCGCCGCCCGCCCCAAAUGAGCGGUGCCCCCGGCGGGCCCCGGCCGAGGACCCCGCCGAGCCGCGGAGCCGCGGGCGCCCCGUCGCCCCGGCCACCCCCCGCCGACCCGCUGCGCCAGGCCAGCCGGCUGCCCAUCCGCGUCCGGAAGAUGCUCCGCGCCCACGGCGGCCCCCUCCUGCACCCCGAGUACCUCCAGCCGCUCUCCUCCACGCCCGUCAGCCCCAUCGAGCUGGACGCCAAGAAGAGCCCGCUGGCGCUGCUGGCCCAGACCUGCUCGCAGAUCGGCAAGCCCGACCCGCCGCCCUCCUCCAAGCUGAACGCCGUGGCCUCCGCCGGGCUGCCCGCCGCCGAGAAGGAGCCCGCCGCCCGCCCCGCCGCCCUGAAGCCGCCGGGCAGCGGGGACGCGCCGCCCGAGGACAAGUCCAGCUUCAAGCCCUACUCGAAGGGCGGCGGGGAGCCGCGCAAGGAGGGCGGCGCGGACAAGGCCGGCUUUCGGGUGCCCAGCGCCGCUUGCCCACCGUUCCCCCCGCACGCCGCCGCCUCGCCCGGCGGCUCCCGCGGCGCCUCGCCGCAACACGCCGACCCCAAGGGCGCCGAGGAGAAGAAGGAGCCCGAGGCGGGCAAGCCCAGCCCCGAGGGGACGGGCGGGGGGCUGGGGCGCGGGACGGCGGAGCCCGGGGCGCACGGCGAACCCCCCUCGGGCCGCAAGUCGGAGCCCCCCGCCCUGCCGCCCGCCGGCCAUGUGGCCCCCGUCUCGCCCUACAAGCCGGGCCACUCCGUCUUCCCCCUGCCGCCCUCCAGCAUCGGCUACCACGGCUCCAUCGUCGGCGCCUACGCCGGCUACCCGUCCCAGUUCGUGCCCGGGCUGGACCCCACCAAGCCGGGCCUGGUGGGCAGCCAGCUGCCGGGGGCGCUGGGGCUGCCGGGCAAGCCGCCCAGCUCCAGCCCGCUCACCGGGGCCUCGCCGCCCUCCUUCAUGCAGGGAUUAUGCCGGGACCCGUAUUGCCUGAGCUACCACAGCGCCUCGCACCUGGGCUCCAGCAACUGCUCCAGCUGCGUGCACGACCCUGGCAGCCUGAAGAGCGGAUACCCCUUGGUGUACCCCACGCACCCCCUGCACUCGGUGCACACCACGCUCUCCUCCAGCGGCACCCCCAGCCUGCCCGGCCACCCCCUCUACACCUACGGCUUCAUGCUGCAGAACGACCCCCUGCCCCACAUAUGCAACUGGGUGUCUGCCAGCGGACCCUGCGACAAGAGGUUUGCCACCUCGGAGGAGCUGCUCACCCACCUACGGACCCACACGGCCCUGCCGGGGGCGGAAAAACUCUUGGCGGGUUACCCUACCUCCGGGCUGGGCUCCGCAGCCUCCUGCCACCUCCACCUCCCGCCCGCCGCCCCCGGGAGCCCCAACACGUUACCCGCCUCCCUCUCCUUGAGGAGCCCACACACUUUGGGACUAAACAGGUACCAUCCCUACGGCAAGAGCCAUUUGCCCACAGCCGGUGCCCUGCCGGUGCCCUCCUUGCCGGCCGCCGGACCUUACUACUCUCCAUACGCGCUCUACGGCCAAAGACUAACUUCAGCUUCUGCACUGGGAUAUCAGUAACUACGGCAGCCCCUUCCCCUGCUCCAGCCUCCUCCUCGCCCCAGCCCCCCGCUCCCUCCUUGGACUGUGUAUUUAUUUACUGUAUGUUAGCUUAAAGCUGGGAAUAUAAGUGCAUUAAUACACCAAUGAA